UACCUCAAAUGUUGUGUUUUUUUUUUUAUAUAUAGUUUAAUUAUAUCUCACUCUUUUUUUAGCGGUGAAGAGGGUUUUUUGUUCUAGGGUUUGGUUUUGUUCCUUGAUUUGGGGUCGUGGGUAUGACCCGAACCGAUAAGAUCUCAACCCUAUUUGGUUUGGUUAUCUGCUGUUGGGAGAUCCAGGUUUCUAUUUUAGUUCAACCAUUGUAGGUUUUUAAUUAUAAAGGUAGGAUCUUUUUUAGUUUUUAAUUUUUUUAAAUUUAUCUAGGGUUUGUUUAUGAAAGAUAAGGGAUUUUGAUUUGAGGUUAGGGUUUGUAUCUGAAUGAGGAGAAUUUGAUUUGAGGUUAUAAAGGUAGGAUCUUUUUUGAUCUAGGGUUUGUUUCUGAUUGAAGAUAAUUUGAUUGGAGGUUAGGGUUUGUAUAAAUCUGUUAUUCUUUUACUUCUUCCACAAUUUGUUUGUUGAAUUCAUAGUCCAGAAUAAAUCAGACUUUUUUGAUUGAGUUUUAACGGAAAAUCUAAUAGAUUGAACGAAGGGGGAAAACGACGAAUUGAUUGAACUCUGCAUUGAGAGGAACGGUGGAAGUUGUUAUGCCGGUGCUAUUGAUAUCUUUGAUAAUUGUUGACCUGGCGAGGUCUAUUUGAUAGAUAAUUGUUGUUGACCUAGCAAGGUAUAGUGUAAUUUGAGCGGAUUAAAUGUUGAAAAGAAAUAUCUGAUAUGUACAGAAUUGGGGAGGUAUUCUCAUGGCACCUACUGUUCCAAUAGAUUACAUUGGACAGAGAGAAUCGAGGAAGUUCUUUAAAAAGGAUUCAGGUGAUAUGAUGGGAAAAUCACGCAAGGGUUUUAAAGGUUACUUGCCUGGGAUGGUGCCCGAUUAUCGUAAUGCUGUUGAGACAAUGGCUGAAUCCGAAGGUUUUGGGAGCUCCGGACGGGUUGAUACUGAAAGGACUGCAUCGGAGGACUCUUGUGCACCUAAAAGAAAAUCCAUUUGUUUGAAUGCUGAUGGUCAUGACCAAUUUGGUGCACCUAUUCAAGUAAUGUCGUUGUCCAAUAUGUCAUGCUCUGAGAAAAAAGUGUUGGGAAUUAGGUUGAAGAAUGAACUUGAACUAGUCAGAGGACUGCAGAAGAAAAUUGCUUCUGUCGGCUCUAAUAUUGGGGUUCUUUCACCUGCUAGCGAUAUUCAAAAUUGCACCAACGGGCAGAGAAGAUCAGGAUCGGAGAUAUCUCAGCGAUAUAUGGCUGAAGCAGUGGUUCCUCCUGGGAAGAAAAAGGCUGCCCCAGGGAGAAAUGGGCCUCUUACUAAGGGUCCCGGAGCUAAGAGGCCUAAGACGAUGCAACAGGCCAUACCCGCAGAUACAAGCAUGGUCAUGUUUAUGAAACAGUGCGAGACAGUGCUAAGCAGACUGAUGUCACAUCAGCAUGGUUGGGUCUUCAAUCAUCCAGUUGAUGUCGUAAAGUUAAAAAUCCCCGACUACUUCACUGUUAUUAAGCAACCAAUGGACCUAGGGACCAUCAGGUCAAAGUUGCAUUCGGGAGAAUAUUCGAGCCCUUUGCAGUUUGCUGAUGAUGUGCGGCUCACUUUUAAAAAUGCAAUGACAUACAAUCCGCCAGGAAAUGAUGUUCAUAUCAUGGCUCAAACACUUAGUAAAUUUUUUGAGGUUAGGUGGAAACCAAUAGAAAAAAAGAUACCUGUUAUUCAAGAGGAACCUUUACCUUCUAAGUCGAGUGUUAUUAUAGAAACUGAGACUGAUACUCCUCCAGCAAUGCCGCCUUCAAAGAAGAAGAAAAUUGCUCCAUUGGAGAACAGGGUUAAACCAGAACCUGUAAAGCGAGUCAUGAGUGAUGUUGAAAAACAUAAACUCACUGCCGAGCUUGAAGAUUUACUGACUGAAUUACCUGAAAAUAUAAUUGAUUUCUUGAAAGAAAAAAGCUCCAAUGGAAGUCAAGUCAGUGAAGAUGAGAUCGAGAUUGAUCUUGAUGUUCUUCAUGAUGAUAUCUUGUACGAGCUACGGAAGCUUUUGGAUGAUUAUCUACUGGAGAAACAGAAAAAUCAGGCUAAAGGUGAACGCUGUGAGAUGGAGCUUCACAAUGAGUCUGGAUUCAGUAAUUCAUCCAUGCAGCCAUGCAAAGGAAAUGAUCCGGCAGAUGAGGAAGUGGAUAUCGGUGGGAAUGAUCCACCUGUUUCAAGCUUCCCUCCUGUGGAGAUAGAGAAGGACAGAGCUCGCAGGAGCAAUAAAUGCAGUAGUUCAAGUAGUUCGAGUAGUGAUUCUGGCUCUUCAUCUAGUGGUACAGAUUCUGGAAGCUCAUCUGGUGGUGAAUCGGAUGCUGAUAAAGAUUCAGUUGCCUUAACUGUUCAGAAGGCAACAGCGGCUUCUGGGGCGAGAUUGGAGCAGGAAGAUGAGCUUGACCUUCCAGAAACUACAGAUCCGUUGGCUGGCCAAACAGUGCUGACUUCUCAGCAGAACUCCAAUUUUGCUGAGCCCGAUGAUCAUCGAGAGGAGGAAAGUGCUGAACCUGAGAGGCAAGUCUCUCCUGAGAAGCUUUACCGUGCAGCUUUGUUAAGAGGUCGCUUUGCGGAUAUCAUACUAAAAGCUCAGGAGAAGAGCAUUGAAAAGGGUGAAGUGCGGGACCCAGAAAAGCUAAAGCUUGAGAGAGAGGAGUUUGAAAGGCGAAGGCGAGAAGAGAAAGCUCGGUUGCAAGCUGAGGCUAAGGCUGCCGAAGAGGCUCGUAAAAGAGCUGAGGCAGAAGCUGCUGCAGAAGCCAAAAGGAAACGAGAACUUGAAAGAGAAGCUGCCCGUCAGGCACUCCAGAAGAUGGAGAAGACUGUUGAAAUCAAUGAGAACAGUCAAUUUAUGGAAGAUCUGGAAUUGUUCAGAGCUGCUCCAGAUGAACAGCUAGAGAGCUUCAUUGAGGAGGCUAGUCCUGGUCAUUCUGAGAAUGUUCUUGGGAGUUUCAAAUUUAAGGCAACUAGUAAUCCAUUGGAGCAACUUGGAUUAUAUAUGAAGGAAGAAGAUGAAGAUGAAGAUGAAGAGGAGGAAGAAGAAGCUGAACCACAGAGCAUCCCUGACGUAUCGAAUGAUCCAGAGGAAGGAGAGAUUGAUUGAUAUCUCUUUUAUACUUUGGCCGAUCGUCAAGUUGAUGAGGGUGCUUGGUGGUUUAAUUGAACUCUCAUUUUAUUGUCCCAGGGUCGACUGUGGAUUUUUUUUUUAGGGGGGAUACACAGAUAAGUCAUGACCUUCUAGUGACUUUGGGUCUCUUAGGUUGAUGCAAGUGUCCCCCAGCUUGGAUGCUUCAGAAGAGACCUGGUUGGCGGGUCUGGCCAACAUAGCCAGUCAUCUUAUAUUUUUAUUUGAAAUUCUUUUGCUCGUGUAUAAGUUGGUUGUCUGCUUGGGAGUGGAUAAAGGUUAGGUGAAAACAGUUUUGUUACAUAGUUUAGUACUAGAUUGCU